CACGCACUCUUCCCAGCUCCAGCUCCACCUCCAGCUCCAGCUUCUCUUCGUUCUCUCACUCCUCCUUCUUUGCUUCCCCUCUCUCUCUCGUUCUCAUUUGUCUCCUUCCCUACGACGAAGAGAGGGAGAGAGGGGGGAUGGAGGUGGAAGAGUUGCCGGAGGACUUCCGUUGCCCCAUCUCGCUGGAGGUGAUGACCGACCCGGUGAUCCUCUCCUCCGGUCACACCUUCGACCGCGCCUCCAUCCAGCGCUGGCUCGACUCCGGUAACCGCACCUGCCCUCUCACCAAACUUCCCCUCCCUCCCUCCCCUUCCCUCAUCCCCAAUCACGCCCUCCGCAGCCUCAUCUCCAACUUCCUCGCCCACCGCCCCGUCGUCGCCGCCGCCGCCGUUGCGACCGCCGCAUCCCACGGCGCCGACGACGCCGUCAUCCUCGCCCGCCUCUCAUUCCCCUCCGACCGGCCCUCCCUCGCCGCCGUCCUUCGCCUCGCCCAGCGCGGGGGACUUGCCGCCCACAGCCUCGUUGCCGACACCGGCGCCGCCUCCGUCCUCCUCCGCCACGCCGCCGCCCCCGACCGCCCCGACCUCCAGAACCUCGCUCUCCGCGCCCUCCUCCACCUCUCCCUCGAGGGCGACGACGCCCGCGUCGGCCUCGUCGCCGAGGGCGCCAUCGACCCCGUCGUCGCCGCUCUUCGCAGCGGCCCCGGCUGUACCGCUGCCGCCCUAGCCGCCACACUGCUAACCAGCCUCGCGGUCGUGGAGGUCAACAAGGCCACCAUCGGCGCGCACCCCGCCGCGAUCCCCCGCCUCGUGGCGCUUCUCCAGGACGGCGACGUUCGGGAGCGACGGGAGGCGGCCACGGCGCUCUACGAGCUUUGCAAGUUCGCAGAGAACCGGCGGCGGGCGGUCCGUGCCGGCGCCGUGCAGCCGCUCGUCCGCUUCGCGCGCGAUGGCUCCGAGAGGGCCGUGCGCGUCCUGGGCCUUCUCUCCAAAUGCCUCGAAGGGAAGGAAGCGAUGAGGAAGGCGGUCGGACUCGUGGGCGUCAUGGCCGAGGUCGUAAGAGCAGGGAGCCCCAGGGCGACCGAACACGCCCUCAUGGCGCUGAAUCUGGUGUGCUCUGACAGCAAAGACAAGGCCUUGCAGGCCAUCGAAGCAGGGGUUUUGGACCUCUGCUCGGUCUUGUCCGGCGACGUGAACCAGAAGACGAGGAAGAACGCGAUGGAGUUGGGUCUGCUACUGGAGAAGAGUAGAUUCGGUGGGCUUUCAUGAAGGAGACUCGCUGUCGGUCAUCAGCCAACGUAAGUUAGCGAAGCAGCCAAAAAGAAGAAGAAAAAACACCAUCUUUUUCUGAUCCUUUCACUGUAUUUUCUUUUUGGUUUCCAAGUAGUUGUAAGACUAAUUAGCAGCUCUGUUCAUAUCACAAGGCUUUGCGCAA